AUGUCGGAGACGAUUACGGGAGCUUUGAACGAUGCUUCGUUGGUGUUUUAUCGGGUCAACGAGCAUAUCCAUAAGAAAGUGCCAGUUCUUGUUCAAGAGAAGAAAGCACUGAUGAGUAUCAAGAAGGAUGUGGAGACAGCGAACCAGGAUAUGGAGGAUGCAAGGCAGACCAUUUCGAGUAUGCAGCGUAUCACUGAGUUCAGCACCAUUGAGGCAUUGGUUCAGAGGAGUCUUGCAGCUGUUCAGAAGUGA